AUGGAAGAAAAUAAGGCUAAGCAUUCCGAUCUUAGUUUGGCUGGUGUACAGAGACUACAAGAAGAGCAAGCUAAGGAAGCAGAAGAUUGCCAACAAAACAUUCAACAGUGCAAGAAAUUGAUUUCUGAUUAUGAAGAUUUACAAUCGACCUUGGAGACCCUGCCUUACAAAAGAUCUUACGAUAUUAUGGUCCCGUUUUGCGGGGAAUUGGCAUUUUUUCCUGGCAACUUAGUUCAUACCAAUGAGGUAACAGCUCUUAUAGGUGAUAACUGGUUUGCUGAUGUAUCCGCAAAAGAAGCUCAAGAUAUAGCAAAUAGAAGGAAGCUUGAAUUAAAUGAAACUCUAUCAAAACUUGAACAACAGCGACAAAAUUUAUCGGAAAGAUUAAAGCUUAAUUCAGAAUUUGAAAGAGAUCUAGUGGAAAAGGAUGGAGAUGGAGUUAUCGAGAUCAAGGAAGAAUUGACAGAAAAAGAUGAAGACUUACUUUAUCCUGUUAAACGUAUAAGUAGGCUAAAGUCAAAUGAAAAUACUAAAAGUAAUAUAUCUACUGCUAAUGAAAAGACCAAAGUCAAUACUUCGACUAGCAGUAUUGAAACCGAUGAUGCAUACUGGGAUAGACUCGAGAAGUUAGAAGCAGAAAAUGAGGAACUGAGUGAUGAAUUCACGUCUCAGUAUGACGUGCAAGAUGAUACAACGAUUCGAUUUCAUCAUAGUCAAAAGACGCCGAAAGAAAAUGUCCCCUCGUUAGCACAGGAAAUUUCAAGCCAUUCAUCUAUUGAAAGACCAGAUCAAGUUCAAAAAUUGAUCUCGCAGGGAAGUCAUACUGCCAAUGAAUCAAAAAUUGUAAAUACAGCUACCAAGUCUUUUACUGGUGAAAUAGUCGAGAAGCAAAGUCCUACUACCAAGCCUGCGCCGGUUACUGCAAAGACGAUAGAAAAGUCUAGUACUCCUGUAUCAUCCGAGGUAGACUUAAAAUUUACCGCUAUUUCUGAUGGUUCAAUUUCAUUCGCAUGCUUUAAAGACUAA